AUGUCUGACGUUGAAGUUUUGCUUACUGUUGGUAAGCUGGAUGCCUCACUGGCUCUUUUAACCACACAAGAUCACCAUGUUAUUGAAUUCCCCACGAUGUUAUUACCAGACAAUGUGAAGGCAGGAUCAAUUGUUAAACUAUCUGUGUCUCAGAAUUUGGAAGAGGAGAAAAGACAGCGUAGACUGUUUAAAGAUAUUCAAAUGAAGAUUUUGGAGAAAUACGGUACUGAGAAGCCUGAGGCGCCAGUCUUAAAGAUUGUUAACGUUACUCAAACGAGUUGUGUUCUCGCUUGGGAUCCCUUGUCAUUAGGGUCAGCACGUUUAAAAUCUUUGAUUCUUUACAGACAAGGUGUACGUUCAAUGGUGAUUCCAUCGCCAUUGAAGACUACAACGACCAAGAUUUCUGGGUUAUCAGUGGAUACAGAUUAUGAAUUUCAAUUGAAAUUAUCGACGACUUCAGGUCAAUAUUGGUCUGAAAAAGUUAAGAUGCAUACUCACAAGAUGACCGACAUGUCUGGUAUUACAGUAUGUCUUGGAGCCUUGGAUCCAUUACAAAACGUUUCAGAUGAACAAAUUGCACAAUCUUUACAAAAGAUUGGAGCUAGACCAAUGCAAAAGCAUGCGGCUAUUGAUACCACCCACUUUGUCACUAACGAAGUUGACAAUGAGGAUGAUCCUGAAUUGGUUAGAGCCAAGAGUAGUAAUAUACCCAUUGUUCGUCCUGAAUGGGUCAGAGCUUGUGAAAUUGAAAGGCGUAUAGUUGGUGUGAGAGGAUUUUAUUUGGAUGCAGAUCCUGGUAUUUUGAAAAGUUAUCAAUUCCCCAAGGUCAAUGGUUCUAAAGUGAAAUUUGCUGAUAAAGCUGAAACGAUGGGUGAGAAGAAGGAGGAAGAACCUAAGAAGGAAGCUGAAGAACCUAAGAUAGAGGCUGAAGAACCUAAGAAGGAAGUUGAAGAGCCCAAGAAAGAAACUGAAGAACCAAAGACAGAAGGAUAUACCAAGCAAGAAGAAGAGAUUAAGGAGCAACAGACUGAAAAGGAAGUGAGUGAAGCUAAAGAAGAUGUUAAUACGGAUAAACUAAAUGAAGCGGGCGAAGCGGCAACGGAAACUACAACAGAAGUUAAAGAAGAUGCUCCUCAAGGUGAUCAAAACGUCUCUGAAGCCAAGAAGGAGGAGGAACCUGCUCAAGUGCCAGAAACUAAUGAGAAGGUUGUAGAGGAAGCUAAACCAGAAGUAGAUGCAACGAUACAGGCUAACAAGGAGCCUGAAGCAUCUCAAGCCGGAGCUCAAGCUGAAGCCGUGAGUUCGGAGGCAGCUGAGCCCAAGGAGGCAUCUACUGAAGAAAAGUUAGAUGUAACUGAAGCUAAGGAAGCAACGAAACCAGAAGAAACUAAGGAGGAGACCAUUGAGGCAAAGUCGGGUACUCAGGAAGAGGCACCUGAAGCUGUUGAGGAAAAGCCAGAUGCAUCUGACGCUAAACCAGAGGAAGCUAAAAAUGAGACCGCAGAUGAAAAGACAGGAGCAAACGAAGCUGCUGAGUUAAAGCCAGAUGAGGCCAAGAAAGAUACCUCCGAAGUAAAACCAGAUGAGGUCGAAGAAAAAACUACAGAGGCAAAACCUGAGGAAGUCAAAGCUGAAACUGCUGCAGUUCAGCCCGAGGAAUCCAAUCAAGAAGAGUCUAAAGCUGAAGUUACUCCCGAAUCUAACGCUGACGAAUCCAAGGAAUCUCCAAAGGAAUCUCAACCAGAAACGGCAGAAACCAAACCUUCAGAAACGCAAGAUAACCUCGAAACUUCCCAGCCGAAAACCGAAUCCCAGGAGGCUACACCCGAACCCUCUUCACAGGAGAAUACUCAAACUCCAACACCAAAGCCUACACCAAGUGCAGGUAGUGGUAACAGUAAGAAGAACAAGAAGAAGAAUAAGAAUAAGAAGAAAUAA